CUUUGUUGUAAGCUCAGGACAGCAGAAUUUGCUGCUCCCCACCAGCCUUGCAGAGUUUGAGCUGAUCACUAAGAAGGCAGCAGAAAAAGAAACUCAGUUUGAACUUCACCUGGAGCCUUUGGUCUCCCCCUCUUCCCAAAUUAAGAAGGAGGGGGACAUUUACCCAGCCUCUGCUGCACACCAAGGGCUCCACUAUGAAGACGACUUGCUGGAUCCUGGCAGGUUUUUACCUGCUUUUCUGCUGCAAGGCAGAGGAGGGACUGAACUUCCCCACUUACGAUGGAAAAGACCGAGUGAUCGACCUGAACGAAAAGAAUUACAAGCAGGCCCUGAAGAAGUACGACAUGCUCUGCCUGCUCUUCCACGAGCCCGUGAGCUCUGACAAGGUGUCCCAGAAGCAGUUCCAGAUGACAGAGAUGGUCCUGGAGCUGGCAGCUCAGGUCCUGGAGCCCAGAAGCAUCGGCUUUGGGAUGGUGGACUCCAAGAAGGAUGCCAAACUUGCUAAAAAGCUAGGCUUGGUUGAAGAGGGAAGUCUCUAUGUCUUCAAGGAGGAGCGGUUGAUUGAAUUUGAUGGGGAACUGGCCACGGAUGUCUUGGUGGAAUUCCUCUUGGAUCUGCUAGAAGACCCCGUGGAAAUCAUAAACAGCAAGCUGGAACUUCAGGCCUUUGACCAAAUCGAUGAGGAAAUCAAACUCAUCGGCUACUUCAAAGGAGAAGACUCUGAACAUUACAAGGCAUUUGAAGAAGCCGCCGAACACUUCCAGCCAUACAUCAAGUUCUUUGCCACCUUCGACAAAGGGGUUGCCAAGAAGCUAGGUCUGAAGAUGAAUGAGGUGGACUUCUAUGAACCGUUUAUGGACGAGCCUGUUCACAUUCCUGAUAAGCCAUACACAGAAGAGGAGCUGGUUGAAUUCGUGAAGGAGCACAAAAGGGCCACCUUGCGGAAGCUGCGCCCAGAGGACAUGUUUGAGACGUGGGAGGAUGACAUGGAGGGAAUCCACAUUGUGGCCUUCGCUGAAGAAGAUGACCCAGAUGGUUUUGAGUUCCUGGAAAUCCUGAAGCAGGUUGCCAGGGACAACACCGAUAAUCCCGACCUGAGCAUUGUCUGGAUUGACCCCGACGACUUUCCUCUGCUGAUCACCUACUGGGAGAAGACCUUCAAGAUUGACCUGUUCAGACCACAGAUCGGGGUGGUGAAUGUCACAGAUGCUGACAGCAUCUGGAUGGAGAUCAGAGAUGAUGAUGACCUGCCCACGGCUGAGGAGCUGGAGGACUGGAUAGAGGACGUGCUUUCUGGGAAGAUAAAUACUGAAGAUGAUGACGAUGAUGACGAUGAUGACGAUGAUGAUGACGAUGACGAUGAUGACGACGACGAUGACGACGACGAUGAUGAUGACGACGACGAUGACGAUGAUUAACUGUAACUCUGUGCAGUUUGACUUGUGGGGGCUGAGAGGCCUCCCCCCGCGGCAGGUCCCUCCAUCAGAAGACCUGCGUUUGAGCAUCAGCAAGCACCGCUGCUCCUCUCCCCCCUCUGCCUCGCUCCCCCUGCCCCUGCCCUUGCCGGGACCCCCUGGCCUGAUUCUCAGCGGUGCUGAGCCGUGGGGACUGCCCCUGCAGGGACCCAGCACCGCUGCCAAUCAUGCCUCCCUCCUCAGGACGCUAGGAAUCUGCAGGGAAUCUGCCCCCAGUGCCCCAGGGCAGGAGGAAAGGGCCUGCCUGCUCACUGCCAGAGGGACACAGGGAGCCAAUUCGUAUUUUCUGCGCUCAUCGGCCCAGCACUUAACAUCCAAAGACCAAAUCUCACUUCAAGACAUAGGGAAGGCCACUGUAAAGUUUAGCCCUUUUAUUAAACACAAUGCCCUUUACAGCUACUCUGCCAAGACCACUCCAUCCUGCAAGUUCUGCUGUGGGAGUCUGUAGCUACUUAUUAAGAUGCUAGGAGCAGCACGAAGCUUUGGGAGGGGAGGAAGGUUUUAGGGAUGCUAUUUAAGUUUUCAGUGAUUCCAUAUAAUGGCAGGAUAUUCUUGUCUGACAGCGCAAUGCAAAGCCAAACACCACGGUCCCUGUCUGAACCUCUUUCUUCUUGAAAGCUCAGGCCAAAGAUAGGGUAAGUGCAGGUGGUCUGAUA